AUGCCUGGAAUCCCACCAAAUGCGCUCUCCGACCUGAAGGCUAAGCUCAAGGGCUUUCUCAAGGGCAAUAAGAGCAAGAAGCCAGAGGAGAAGCCAGCCGAAGCCAAACCAGCUGAGCCAACUCCUGCUGCUGCCGCUGCUGCCACAAACGGUGCUGCCGCUACCGAAACCGCUGCUGCCGCCGAUCCUGCUCCAGCAGCUGCUGCUGCUCCCGCUGAAGCCAAAGCUGCUGAGCCCGCUACCGGGACUCCAGCUGCACCCAAGGAAGAAGCAGCACCAGCUGCUCUCCCUGCCACCGCGCCCGCCCCCGCGACCGCGCCUACUGCCGCCAUCGCCGCCGACCCGGUUGCUGCCGCAGCUCCUGCCGCGACCGAGACCGCUGCCGCUGCCGCUGAACCCGCCAAAGCUGCUGUUGCUGCUACCCCAGCUGCCCCGGCCGCCCCCGCCGUACCAGCCGCAACUGAGCCUGCCGCCGAAGUCAAGAAGGAAGAGCCUGCUACACCAGCCGCAACCCCUACCACAGCUGCCUAA